UAGCAGACAUGGGUCGUCGCAAGUCAAAGAGAAAGCCACCUCCAAAGAGGAAGAAUAUUGAACCACUGGAUACGCAAUUUAAUUGUCCAUUCUGUAAUCACGAAAAGUCAUGUGAAGUUAAAAUGAAUAAACCAAGGAAUGCUGGAAGAGUUUCAUGCCUUGUGUGUCUGGAAGACUUCCAGUGUACUAUUAACUACCUCUCGGAACCUGUUGAUGUUUACAAUGAAUGGAUUGAUGCUUGUGAAACUGCAAACUGAUCGAUUCAGUUUGUGCAAUUUUUUUUAUGUUCAUCUUAAUUAUGAAAUACU